AUGUCGGAUCCGCUCCUCUUCGAAGACACCUUCACGAUCACCGGGAUCAACGCGCAGAAAUAUGACCGUGUCUCCCGCCUGACGUGCACCUCCUCCGACGCCUUGACGUCCUUCACUCUCGAUGUCAACACGGAGCUGUAUCCGUGUGCGAUUGGCGAGUCGGUUUCUAUGGCGCUUGCGUCGACACUGUCCCUGGAUGGCAAGGAGGACACGGGCUCGAAGGGCUGGAGAGAGGUCGGAAUGGGCGAGCAGACUUUGGCCAACGACUAUGACUAUGUUUGCCACGGCAAGGUCUACCGAUUUGAAGAGGGUGCAGGUGAGGGAAACAUGGCGGUUUUCAUCUCCUUCGGUGGUCUGUUGCUCUACCUUGAAGGCCCCUAUAAGAAGCUGGCACCUUUGAGGAUCGACUACGUGUAUCUGCUCCUGAAGAAAUAA